CAUUCAACGAAAGAAAGAAAGAAAGAAAGCUUCUUCCCUUUCCUCACUCCGAAAUCGAAGUUCAAGGGUUAGGGUUUUUCUGAUCUUCGAAAUUUAAGGGUCAAUGGCCGACCAACCGGAAAGCACCGUCACCACCGGCGGCGGCGUAUCGUUGACGGACAAGAUUAGCAAGAAGCUUCACGGUCACGAUUCUUCUUCCUCUUCUUCCGAUUCCGACUCCGAAAAAACCGUUACUUCAUCCGCUAAGGAUAAGAUUUUUCGCCUUUUUGGCCGGGAGAAGCCCGUUCAUUCCGUUUUGGGCGCCGGAAAACGUAUCUCUCUCUCUCUCUCUCUCUUCUUUGUUGUCGUUUUUGUGCCUGCUGACGUUUUGUUGUGGAGGAACAAGAAAAUAUCUGCUGGUGUGCUUGGCGGAGCCACUGCUGUUUGGGUGUUUUUUGAGUUGCUUGAAUAUCACCUUCUUACUCUAGUCUGUCACAUUUUAAUGCUGCUGCUUGCUGUUCUGUUCUUGUGGUCCAAUGCCCAUACUUUUAUCCACAAAUCCCAACCUCGCAUUCCGGAAGUUCAUCUUCCUGAGGAGCCAUUCCUGCAAGUUGCGUCUGCAUUGAGAAUUGAAAUCAACCGAGGAUUUGCUGUUUUGCAUAAUAUUGGUUCUGGAAGAGAUUUGAAGAAAUUCCUCGUAGUUAUUGCUGGUUUAUGGAUUCUGUCAACUGUGGGGAACUGGUGCAAUUUCUUGACCCUGUUCUACAUAACUUUUAUUUUGUUGCACACGAUUCCUGUGUUAUAUGAGAAGUACGAGGAUAAGAUAGACCCACUUGCAGAGAAGGCUGUCAUUGAGAUUAAAAAGCAGUAUGCUGUGUUUGACGCUAAGGUCUUGAGUAAGAUUCCAAUUGGUGCAUUGAAGGCCAAGAAGUUGGCUUAGUCAAUUAAUCUUGUAACCUCAGAAAUAAAAGCUUUACCUGUUUGUUCAUGGAAGUUGCCAGGGCCCAGUCUCUUUUAUCAAUAUCAAUCGUUAUUAUGUUUUGAGUUGGUUUUAGGUUGGUACGGUGUCAAUGGCAAUGGGUGUGGUUUAUCUUUGAUUAGUACUUAAUAGUUUCUAACUAUGCAAGCAUAUGGAUUUUACUGGCUUCUUGUAUGUUUGUAUGAGUUGUUCAAUCAGUAAUUGUUACUGAAGAUAUAAUAGUUGUAUGCUUCUUUUUUGUUUUUUUUUUUUCUAGUAAAAAGCAUUUGUUACCCUCGAUGUGUUUGGCUGCCGGAUUUGUAUUCUUGAUAUUGAUAUAUUGGACCAAUGUUUAAAAUAUUGGAUUGCUAAUUGAAUUGUUAGACAGAUUUAUGGAUUCGAACGAAUAAUAUUUAGCAUCAGUUUAUUUUAAAAAUUAAGUCUUAGUUUAUAUCAGUUUAGAAUUGGGUAUAAUUUGAUUUUCAAUCCUUGAAUGUGUUGAGAUGUGUUUGAAUUAAUUUGAAGUACGUAUUUGUAUUGGAAUGUGUUUCUUUUAAUGAAAAUGGCGAGAUGAUAUUUUAACUAUAAAUCAAAGAGGGACUAAAUGUAUAUUUUAACUCGGUAAUAUAUUCGAGCAGUAAAUUAGUAUACAAAUAAGUGGAAAUUAGUAAACGGCGAAAUGCAUUGGGGUAUUGGGCAUUAUUUCUCUUUACUAGUGAUCUUAGAUUUCGCCAUUUAAAUUAAGCUUUUGAUCGUGGUUUGCCUGCCAUAAUGGUUUAGAGAACAGGAUAUGGACUGGCUCGAGUCUCCCAAAGCUCAGUGGCUGCUUUUAGUGUUUAAUUGAUUAUAAUCAUCAUGUUGAAAAAUAGUUGCCUAUCGGAAAGAAAACUGUCAAGACAAAUGAGUAGAAUUGGAGAAAAUUAAGUUAAUAAAGAGACGACAAAAUAUAGGUUCAUUAUAAAGUAGGGAGUGACGCAGGCUCGCGAGACAUGGUGCACGAGACAAUAUAUCAUAUAAUUUAAAAAUGAGCGACUUACAUGAGAUAGAUAUACAUCAAAAUAUGUUACCACAGUUCCAGUGCUCCAAAUUAUGCAAG